AUGGAAGUAGAUACUGGUGCUGCAGUUAGUGUAAUGAAUGAGGAUACAUAUAUUAUUGAAGAAAAAACACCCAAACCUAGAGCUGAAGAAUCAAAGGUAAGACUAAAUACCUAUACGGGAGAGCAAGUUAAAGUGUUGGGUCAGGUGGAGACUUCGGUGAAGCAUGAAGAUCAAGAAGGCGUAUGGCCUUUACUAGUCAUAACGGGGAAGGGCCCUUAACAUAAAUUGGAAGAAUUUAAAAUAAAUUGGAAGAAGAGGGAACUAUAGAGCCUGUUCAGUUUGCAGAUUGGGCAGCGCCAAUCGUACCAAUCGUUAAGGAUGAUAAGUCGAUAAUAAUUUGUAGGUAUUAUAAAGUAACUGUUAACCAAGCUGCGAAGUUAGACAAUUACCCGAUUCCCAAGGCAGAAGAUCUUUUUGCCACUUUGAGUGGUGGAAAGAAAUUCACCAAGCUGGACAUGAGUCAAGCCUAUCAACAAAUCUUAUUGGAGGAUAAAUAAAAAAAAUAUACUACAAUCAACACACACAAAGGACUUUUUCAGUACAAUCGAUUGCCAUAUGGAGUGUCCUCGUCCCCUGGGAUUUUCCAGCGUCCUAUGGAAAACCUACUGCAGGGGAUUCCUUUCGUGGUUGUGCGAGUGGAUGAUAUUUUGGUCUCUGGUUCGAAUGGUGAGGAACAUUUAGCAAAUUUAGAAGAGGUUCUAAAACGGUUGUCAGAGCAUGGGUUACGCCUAAAGAAGAAGAAGUGCGCCUUCAUGGUGAACGAGGUGGUGUAUUUAGGCCACUAGAAGAUAAAUACCCUAGGAAUACAACCAAUCCAAGAGAUAGUCAGAGCCAUUACCGAUGCACCGGCACCGACGAAUGUGUCUGAAGUUCAAUCAUACUUGGGAAUGAUCAACUAUUACCAAAAGUAUUUACCAAAUUUAUCAACGAUUCCGGCAGCCUGUUGGAAAAAGGGAAAAGCUGGCAAUGGAGUGAAGAACACCAAGAGGCAUUUAGAAAAUCCAAAGAGUUAUUGAAGUCCUCACAUCUAUUGGUGCAUUAUGACCCGGAGAAGGAGUUAAUACUGGCUUGCGAUGCCUCAUCAUAUGGCUCGAUCCUUCCUACAACAAUCGUCAGUGAUAACGGUAGUAAUUUUUGCAGCAAAGAAUUCGAGGAAUUUCUGGCGAAAAACGGCAUUCAUCACAGAAGGACUGCUCCUUAUCAUCCAGCCUCCAAUGGACUUGCAGAAAGGGCGGUCCAGACGUUUAAGGAAGGGAUGAAGAAGAUGUCAAAUAAGGAAAGUUUGGAAACCAGAGUGUUUAGGUUUCUCUACAAAUACGGUAUCACGCCACACUCAACCACAGGGAUAGCGCCAGCGGAAAUGCUUACGAGCAGAAAACCAAGAUCUCGCUUGGACGUACUACAUCCAGAUGUAAGACUAAGAGUACAGAACCAACAGAAGAAGCAGAAAGAGUUACACGAUCAACAUGCAGUGGAUCGACAAUUACGACCAGAUGACUUAGUAUAUUCGAGAGAAUUUGGAAAACAACAAAGUGGUGUCCAGGAGUUAUCAAGAUCAAGUGAUCCAGAGAGAAACACGCGAAGCAAACGAAAAUGA